GAGCGUUGUGCGCACUCAGAGCAGUUUAGCAGGUGGUCUUUUUCUCCAUGAUUCUCUGGGUCAGUUACGAUUGCAGUGUCCGUGAAAUUUCCUGCACCUAUAAAAUCUCUCAUCCGCUGUAACCUAUCCAAACAAAGAUUUUCCUUAACUCGCCACUCAACUCACCUUGUCAACCCGCCCCACUCGCUUUCCAUGUCUGAUUCUAACUCUAGCUGCAUGGAUGGAUCUUAUGCUGAGAUUGUGGUGGUGCGACAUGGAGAAACGGAGUGGAACGCGGAUAGAAGAAUUCAGGGUCAUCUGGAUGUGGAACUAAAUGAAGCUGGGAAACAGCAAGCAGUGUUAGUGGCUGAUCGAUUAUCAAAGGAGCCUAAGAUAUCCGCUGUAUAUUCAUCUGAUUUAAAGCGAGCCCUUGUGACAGCUGAGACAAUCGCAGCUAGAUGUGGUGGGUUAGAGGUUAUAACAGACCCAGACCUAAGGGAAAGGAAUUUAGGAGAUCUCCAAGGCCUUGUAUUUCGUGAAGCAGCCAAACUUAGUCCCAAAGCUCACAAGGCCUUUUUAUCACACAGGACAGAUCAAGAUAUACCAGGUGGUGGAGAAAGCCUAGACCAGCUCUUUCAGCGCUGCACAUCUUCAUUGCAGAGAAUUGGCAAGAAGCAUAAAGGGGAGCGAGUUGUUGUGGUUUCACAUGGCGGUGUCAUUAGAUCACUCUACCAGCGGGCUUGCCCAAAUGGAAAGUCGGGAGGGAAGGUGCUUAAUACAUCAGUAAACAUAUUUCACUUGUCUGACGAGGAAUGGGCCAUAAAAUCAUGGGGUGAUGUUAGUCAUCUCCAUCAAACAGGAUAUCUGAAGUCCGGUUUUGGAGGGGACAAAACAUCUGGUUAGUUUGUAGUUUAUACUUGAUAUGCAUUACGUUGGCCAUUUGUAAUUUGGUUUUUUAGACAACAACAUGAAUUGUUUCUUCUAAACUUGAUUCUGGAACAGCUCUUACAUUCACUAAUGAGGGAGCGUUUAUCU